ACCCCGGCCUGACGGCUUCCGCUGCCCCGCGCCUUCUCGCUGCCCGUCGAUGAUCCGUCCAUCUCCUCAAAAGAGCGUAGGCGCGAAGCAAAGCUGCCCUUUCCCCUCUCGAUCAUCUCGAUAUUUUUAUUGACAGGGAUUUGACGAUUUUUUAUGACUGAAAGCUGCGUAUGGUCCUCCUUCCCUUUCGCUGCGUACUUUGGAUAGCUGGACUUCUUCUCUCCCGCGACCAUUUCUUCCUCCCUGGCUUAGCUCCUUCACUCAUCGCUUGUCUCAAGUCUCUAUGCUUCGACCGUUCAGCAAUCUACACUCCGGCAGCCAAAUCUUUUCCUUUUCAUAUAGAGGGAGAAAGAGAUUGGAUGAAAGCUACAUGCAUGCUCUCCUUGUUCGUUGCGCUUCAAUCUAUGUAGAGAGGGAAAAGGUGAGAGAUAUCCUUCCAUGUACAACCACUGCAGUGGAGAAGAGAGAAGACACUGCCGCACCUAUACAAGCUUGAGUGCUUGAGAGAGAAGAGCCUUGUUCUUUCUCGAUCAAAGGGACUGCACUCCGCUACAGCGCGCGUCCGCGGCACCACCUCCACUACAUAAGUCAGAGAAAGAAGGCCCAGAAGCGUCUAGAAACUUCCAGGAGGUGCCAUGGGCAACGUGUGCUUCUGCGGCACCAUCUCCACUUCCCCUGAUCAGCCUGAACCCAAAUCCCAAGCGCCGCCACAAGGCAAGAGGCCGGCGACGACGCCUCCGAGCCGCCAAGGCGGCAGCCAAGAACCGAGCCCCAGGCCGAAGCCGAAGCCGAGGUACAAGCCCAAGCCGUACGACUGGACGCCGCCGCCGCCGCCGCCGGCGUCCCGUGGAGCGGCGGCGGCGCGCGUGCUGGACGGCGUGGUGCCGCACCACCCGCGCCUGCGCGUGACGGACAAGUACCACCUGAGCCGAGAGCUCGGCCGGGGCGAGUUCGGCGUGACGCGCCUCGCCACGGACCGCGCCACGCGGGAGCAGCUGGCGUGCAAGUCCAUCCCGAAGCGGCGCCUCCUCACGGCGGUGGACGUGGCGGACGUGCGCCGGGAGGUGGCCAUCAUGGCGUCGCUGCCGGACCACCCUGCGCUGGUGCGGCUCCGGGCCGCCUACGAGGACGGCGAGGCGGUGCACCUGGUGAUGGAGCUAUGCGACGGUGGGGAGCUGUUCGACCGGAUCGUGGCACGCGGGAGGUACACGGAGCGCGCCGCGGCGUCAGCGGCGAGGACGGUGGCGGAGGUGGUGCGCGCCUGCCACGCGCACGGGGUGAUGCACCGGGACCUCAAGCCGGAGAACUUCCUGUACGCGACCAAGAGCGAGGACGCGCAGCUGAAGGCCAUCGACUUCGGCCUCUCCGUCUUCUUCCGACCAGGCGAGCGUUUCACGGAGAUCGUGGGCAGCCCGUACUACAUGGCGCCGGAGGUGCUGCGGCGGAGCUACGGGCCGGAGGUGGACAUCUGGAGCGCCGGCGUCAUCCUGUACAUCCUCCUCUGCGGCGUCCCGCCCUUCUGGGCCGAGACGGAGCAGGGCGUGGCGCGCGCCAUCCUGCGCGGCUCGCUGGACCUGGAGCGCGAGCCCUGGCAGCGGAUCUCCGACGGCGCCAAGAGCCUCGUCCGCCAGAUGCUCCAGAUGGACCCCAAGAAGCGCCCCACCGCGCAGCAGGUGCUUGAGCACCCGUGGCUGCAGAACGCGCGGAAGGCGCCGAACGUGCCGCUGGGCGACGUCGUCCGGGUUCGGCUGCAGCAGUUCUCCACCAUGAACAAGUUCAAGAAGAAGGCCAUGCGGGUGAUCGCGGAGCACCUCUCCGUGGAGGAGGUGGAGGUGAUCCGGGACAUGUUCGCGCUCAUGGACACCGACAAGGACGGCAGGGUCACGCUGCAGGAGCUCAAGGCAGGGCUCAAGAAGGUCGGAUCCAAGCUUGCCGAGCCCGAGAUGGAGCUGCUCAUGGAUGCCGCUGAUGUUGACGGCAAUGGGUACCUGGACUAUGGCGCGUUCGUGGCGAUCACCAUCCACCUGCAGAGGCUCUCCAACGACGGCCACCUCCGCACCGCGUUCCUCUUCUUCGACAAGGACAGCAGCGGAUACAUCGAGCGCGCCGAGCUCGCCGACGCGCUCGCCGACGAGUCCGGGCACACCGACGACGCCGCACUCAACAACGUACUCCGAGAAGUCGACACCGACAAGGAUGGCCGGAUAAGCUUCGAGGAGUUCGUCACGAUGAUGAAAGCCGGGACGGACUGGAGGAAGGCGUCGCGGCAGUACUCGAGGGAGCGGUUCAAGACUCUGAGCAACAGCCUGAUGAAGGACGGGUCGCUCGCCAUGGCGCGUUAAUGAAGACCAAUGUUCAGAGAGGUCUUAAGAUGCUUGGCUUUUCAUGCACACAUCACUUCUAUGGAUAGUUUGUUCCUUAGAUCUGUUUGUAUAUUUGUCGCAGAACAGCUUAAUCUUCGAUAGGAUUAUUAUGGAAAGCAACUGGGGGUUUCAGUCUUUCAGAUCAAUGUCUAUGAACUUGUGCCGGUUACGUGUCACAGAAAGAAACCAUAACUCCACGAGUACUGCAAAUCGUCA